CGCGGCAGGCGUGGGGAGAGCGCUGACGGAGCCAUGAGAGAGUACAAAGUGGUGGUGCUGGGCUCGGGCGGCGUGGGCAAGUCCGCGCUCACCGUGCAGUUCGUGACGGGCUCCUUCAUCGAGAAGUACGACCCGACCAUCGAGGACUUCUACCGCAAAGAGAUCGAGGUGGACUCUUCGCCGUCGGUCCUGGAGAUCCUGGACACGGCCGGCACCGAGCAGUUUGCGUCCAUGCGGGACCUGUACAUCAAGAAUGGCCAGGGCUUCAUCCUCGUCUACAGCCUCGUGAACCAGCAGAGCUUCCAGGAUAUCAAGCCCAUGCGGGACCAGAUCAUCCGUGUGAAGCGGUACGAGCGCGUGCCCAUGAUCCUGGUGGGGAACAAGGUGGACCUGGAGGGCGAGCGCGAGGUCUCCUACGGCGAGGGCAAGGCCCUGGCCGAGGAGUGGAGCUGCCCCUUCAUGGAGACAUCCGCCAAAAACAAAGCCUCAGUGGAUGAGCUGUUCGCCGAGAUCGUGCGGCAGAUGAACUAUGCGGCGCAGCCCAACGGCGACGAGGGCUGCUGCUCGGCCUGCGUGAUCCUCUGAGGCGCCCGUGGCCGCCGAGCGCUGGCCACGCUCUGCGCACAAAAGCCAAACGCAUCCGACUCUAAAUGUGAUUUCUGUUCUUGCUUUGAGAUUGGAGACGACUUUGCAUUGGUCGGGGUGUCCCGGGAGCCCUACUGGCUUCCUCAGCCAGCGUCCCCUGCCUUCUUUACCCCUUGUCUGAGGGGCUUGUCCGGUCCAUCUGAGACCCUGGUGGAAAUGUGGCUCUUUGCAGCAUGUACGUUUCUCAUUGAUUUUUGGUUGAUGCAUAUUUCCCCAUUUAAGUAGCCGUUAGGGGGUUGUAUUGGCAGCUUGACACCCGGCAAGCAAAAAGUUUCAGCUUGGAAAAAGAGGGGGUUGGGGAGGUGGGGGAAAUGGAAGGGAACGAGGUGGAAAGAGGGGAAUCCUCCCUCCAUCUUUUGUUGUCAACAACUGUUUUUGUAUUUCUAAGUUUUAAAUACAUGGAAGGAAGUCCGGGAAAAGCAUAUGAAGGAGCAGGAAGAGGAAGAAACUUUCGGGGUUUUUUCCCUUAUUUUCCAGGAGUAGCUGGAAAUUAAAAUCGGGUUUCUUUUCUACCGGCUUGGAAGGGCAACCCUGUGACUGACUGGGAUUCUGAGGAUGUCUAUGCAAAGUUGGAUUCUUGUUACAGUGUAUCCAAUCUGAAGUAUUGCACAUCUGAACUGGGACUGUUAACACUGAUGCCAAUACAGUGUGGGGUGCCAGAAAGUGUCUGCUGAUAUUUGUGGAAAAAAAAAAAUCUAUUUUGUUUACCUACUGUAUCAAAGGGGAGUCUGGGGGAAAAUGGUAGUAUUUUUUUUUAUCAGCUGUGAAAAAAAAUGUUACAGAUCUGCACAAUUCUGUGUGUACUAUUGUGUGUGUGUGCCUGUGUUUUAAGUUUAGGUUUUGUUUUUUUUUUUUUUUCCCUUUUAGUUGGUAGUAACAGAAUUUUAAAGAUUAGCUUUUAAAAAUACAAUACAAAGACUUUGUAAAUGUGAUUCAGGGCCCCCAGCACCCCUGGGUCUGCAGAGUGCCUUCAAAACUCAGCUGUUCCAGCCGGUGCCAACCUGUGAACUUCCCGCCAUGUCCCACAAUUUGCUGUCCCCCACACUACCCGAAGAUUCCUUUCGGUAAUCUUCCUGAAGGAGCCCGGACAAUAGGGUCUGCUGUGCAGUGAGUUUCUUUAUCAUUUUCAGCAUUUUAAAAUGUCCAUGUCGUGCAGUAUUCUGGGCUUUUUUUUAGACCUUCGUUUUGUUCAAAUUUCAGGUAUUUAGUUCCCCUUUUAUAUUACUUUUUAAAUGUUUUGAUUCUCUCUCAAAGGUUCCUCCAGAAGCAAAGAGCAAAAUUUCACCAUUGUGAUAUAUCAAGAGAAUUCUAAUUGUAAUUUUUUAAUUCCACUCCUUUUAAUCAGUCUUUCCAUUUUAAGACUUUUAAUACAAAUGCCAUUUUUAAAGAAACAACCCCAGAACUAUUGUUUGUGUUUCCAUAUUUCAUAUGCAGUGGUUUACAGUGUCAGUAAUAAUAGUGUCAUGGCUGAGGUGGACAGGGGCACGUCAAUGGUGUUCUCAGAGAGUUGUCAGAUUUUGAAGAAGUAGCUUGCUGCCAGGUUGAGUGACAUUUCCAAAUUCUUAAAUAUGGAGAAUCCUUAGUGUCUAGGAGCCCAGAAUAUGGCUGUGCAGUCUGAUCACAAGAUGAGAAGGUGCAUUUUGAUUCUGCUCUGCUGACAUGGAGCAGUUUAUUGCACUGUAAGUGGGGAAAGGGAGAAACCAACUUCUAAUACUGCCUUAGAUCUAGGAAAGUAACCAUCCAUCUGGCAAAGCAGGGUGGCACUUUUUUUUUUUUUUUUCCGGUUGUGUGUGUGUGUCACAUCAAGAAUACAGUAUGGGAAGCAUAGUUUUAAUCCUUAAAGUCAUACCUUGUAGUGUAUUUUGCAGUGUAGAUUAUAAGACAAUAUUCCAACCCUUUCAAGGUUUUCAUAUGGAAACAUGGUUACAUUAUUUUUUAAAAAAAGGUAAGACUUAACUGCUGUUUAUGGACCGUAAUUUGACCUUACAAACUCUCCUCCUAACAGUAGGAGGCAGUGUGAGCUUUUAUAUUUAUUUUUCUUAAAGAUGUCUUUAGUAUGAAGUAAGAUGAAAAUCUGUGUGUGUGUGUGUGUGUGUGUGUGUGUGUGUGUGUGUGUGUGUGUGUUUCCAGUACUGGGUACUAAACCCAGGACCUUCAAACUGAGCUACAUCCCCAGCCCAUUUUUUUAUUUUUCAGCUUGAGACAGGGUCUCACUAAAUUCCUAAGUUGCUCAGCUGGGCUGGAACUUGGGAUUCUCCUGCCUCAGCCUCCUUGAGUUGUUUAUAUAUAAGAGUACUUGAUAUAGCUUAGGUUUAUAAAGUGUAAGUGAAGUCUGACAAAGGGAUUUAUUCCCUUGGCAAAGCCAAAAGACAUUACAAAUCACAGUUUCUUUGAGCUGCAUUAACAUAUCUUGCCUUAACAUAUGUUUAUUUUUCCCAGGAGGCAUUUCAGUAUUCCAGUGUGAGAAUGACCAGUUUUGCCUGUAAUGAUCCUAGUGCCAUUUUUGCCAUUCUGAAUUCACAUUUAAACAUAAUUGGAAGGAAACAGCAUAAGUAUUCUAAAUACAGAAAUUGAGGAAAAUUUCUCAAAUAUAUGCCUUUUGUAAAGAUUCAUUCUGGCAUUUGAGUGAAUAUAGUAGCUUAAGUACAUCUAAAAUGUUGAAAAUUCAGAAGCUGUCUCAAGUACUGUCUGAAGGAUUUCUUUGAAAAGGUGUUUGUUGACUUACUUUUUAUUACUUGGAAGCCUUUUAACAAAAAUGCUUACAAGUAUACAGUUAAUUUAAGAAAUGUAUAUCUACCUGACAGGAAAUAUUUGAAAGUGGGUAAUUGGAAGUGAAAUAGAUUGCUGUAUGCAUUAAUCAGCUACAUACAAGAUUUAGUCACUUGGAGGAGGACUAAGUUCUUUGUAAGUAUAGGAUGGUGGUGCAGAUUUUAAUAUGUCUUUAUUAACUACUAUAAAACAUGCUUUUCUGAUUCUUAAUUACAGCAAUUUCUUGUGUAUCUGGGGCAAGAAAAUAGUAGUUCCAAAGUUGGGGGUCUUUCUCUGUUAAUUUCUUGACAAAAAUUGAAGCCUAGGGACAUUCAUUUCAUUUAAGAAAAAAUGUUUUUAAAAAUGUCAGUUGAUUUGGCUAGAAGAAGCCUUCUUCCUGUAUUGUGGUGGGAAGAGAUAGGAGCAUUUGUUUCAGUGGAGAGGUUGGGCUGAGGGAGAGUGUGAAAAGAAGUGAAUUUAGGAGGGAGGGCUUUUGUUGUAAGGCAAUCACCUGUCAAAACAGAAAUUGGGUGGGAAAAGAGCCUUCUUGGGGAGCAAAACUUGACUAUUAAAGUUGACCCCUGCUGUUUUUUUAACAGCCUUUCCUUUUGGUCAAGACAGUUAAUCCAGGUUUUGUGUCAUUUCAAAGGAUUAUUUUUUUUCUCCUUUUGUAGUAGCCUCAGGAAAGUUAAGGUAUCACCUCAAGUCUAACCCUUUCAUCUUGGGGAGUUGUGGUUCUUAGAUAAAACAUUUCCAUGUUGUUAACUGUUGAAAUAGACUUCAUUAAAUCACAUUUGGAACCAGCUCUGUUUGAGAUUAGAAUUCUUUCGUUUUCUGAUGAGUUAAAUAUUUCCUGUAGAUGGAAUCCUAAAAUGCCUCAUCUAUUUGAACAAUGUAGUUCUGUUAUAGCCCAGCCUUUUGAAUGGUCUCCCCAUAUUUGUCACAGCAAGGAGAGAAAAUGAAAAAAAAAAGCUUUGUAGUAACUGAUUGUGUGAAAUAGAUGCAAAAUGUCUGCACCUUAGCUGUCAAAAAGCAUACUUACUUUUUAUAACAGCCAGGAUAAAUUUCUACAUUAUAAAUGUGAAAGGAAGCAAGAUUUAAUGUGGAAAUUACCACUAUUAGUUAAUAUGAUAUCAAACAUUUGUCACGGUGUCUGCUUAAUUAUAAAAGGUUUGCUGAUUUAAAUUUUGUCUAUGAAAAUGCAAACUUCUAAAUGUACUAACAGAGGUGCUAGUUUUAUAGCAUUUUAUUUAAAAUGCUAGGUUAUAGCAUUUUAUUUAGGCUAUUGAGAUGGUUGAAAGCAUUCAGUUGAACAUGGGGCUCAUUGUAAGUGAAGUGUUUGAUCUAAUCACAGUGGGAUUUUGAUGAGAAGACUAGGGAUCAUCUAGUUCAGAGGUUCUAAAAAUUGGUCACACAUCAAAGUUACCUGAAUUUCAAUACACAUGUUGCUGGGUCAUCCUCAGUUUCUUAUUCAUUGGAUCAAGGAUCAAAUCUUGUAAUUUCCAUUUCUAGAAAAUUUUCAGGUGAUGGUGCUGUUGCUGGCCUGGAGACCAUAUGCAGAGAACCAAUGAUUUGGUCCAAACUUCCAAAUGAGUGCAGUACUGAGAGCUACCCAGGUGUUUGGACACAGACUUAAGACCCAUUCCUUUUCUUUUCAGGUUUUUUUUUCUUUCUUUCUUUCUUUUUUUCUUUCUUUUUGUAGUUUUUUUGAGACAGGAUCUCGCUAUGGAGUUUGGGCUGGCCUUGAGCUCACUUUGUAGCGCAGGUUGGUCUUGAACUCCCAAAUGAUCCUUCUGCCUCAGCCUCCUGAGUGCUGGAAUUUACAUGCAUGAGCCACCACACCCAGCUCUUUAAAAAGCAUUUCUACAUUUCAGAGGACGUUCUGCACAGUCAUGGAAUAAUCUCCGUAAGGGCUGGGAGGUAGCUAAGUGGUGGAAACUGUUUAGCAUGUGUGAGGCCUUUGGUUUAAUUUUUUUAAAAUCUCCGUAGAAAUUUACAGGUAAAAGGGACAUAAUCAGUUGAUCCUUUUCAUAUAUGAAAUAUAUGAAUAAUUUGUCUGGUUUCAGUGUUAAUUCAGAAUUGGCUAGAAAUGAGAAAACAAUUGUAAACAGAAGCAUAGCUUCAUUGAUUAGAACCAACAUACCAGCCCCAAAGCCUGAAAAAAAAAAAAAACACUUUUGAAAGUAGUGUCUUUGACAAAAGGGAAAACCUUUAAGUUGUCUUCUCUUAGAACUUAAAAAUGGAAUGUUUUAGUUUUUAAUGGAAAUACAAUGUGUUGCAAAAUUUAAGUUGUCAGGUUAUACUAAGCACAUGUAUAUGUCUUAGAUUUCCAGGCACAAGAUAGUGCAGUGUCAUGUAGUCCUGCUGGUGUCUAUUCUUAGAAAAAUGCAUACCACAAAACUACCAUACUUCUUGUUUUCUUAUUUAUGCUAAUAUAUAAGGAAAUUUCCAACGCUGUGUUAACAAAUCUAGAUUUUAUUGGUACUUUGGGGACCUUCCAAAAUUUUAGUGAGUUAAAAACUAAUAACAAAUAGUGGAAUCGCUCAAUCAUAUUCCUUAUUUACAGUUUCAAGAGUUGAGGACAACAAGUUCAUAGGCUGAGGGAGUAGUGGCUAUGUUUUAGAAGUUAGAGUAGUGACAUGUUUGAGUAUGGAGAAAGGACAUUACUCAGAUCUUUUUCAUUUUUAAUAUUUUCUGUACUUGAUUUGCUUGCCUUUACAAUAAUAAUAAUAGAAGCUGAGUAAUUAUUGAGUGUGAUAUGUUUUUGUCUAGCAUUCAUUGCUUUUUAAAAUGCACAUACAAUGAAAUAAUUGUGUUUUUUUGAGUUUAGUUUGUCCAUUUGGUAAAAGAAUAUUCUUAUAUGUUGCUCUGAAUUUCAGUUUUACUUUAAAAGUCACAAACACUUAUGACUGAUAGUUUGAGAUCUGUCAUCUCCAUAGAGAGCUCCAUAGUGAAAACCUACUGCUAACCACAGUGUGAUGAAACUCUUUGUAAUAUUUUUAUCUUGGCUUCCAUUUUAAGCUUAUUUCUACUAUUAAUUUGGAUUACUACUACUUGAUUUUGUUAAAGUGUUGAACUUUAAAGAUUAUAUUUAUUUUGGGGUAAUGUAUUUUUAAAAUGUCCUGUAUUAUGAACUCACCAGAUCUAAGACAAUCAGAAUUAUUUUAUAGUUCAUUCUAAUACUGGUUAACAUUUAUUAGAACUGAACUAUUUUACAUAAAGAGGAGAAAAUAAUAAAGGGAUGACAAGGUCUAAAGCCUUAAUUAGUGAAAUUAUUUGUCUUGAGAAACAAAUAGUUAACUGGCUUAGAGAAGAAAAACAAAAUGGCCUUAUUGCUUUUGGAAUUGUUGAGUGUUCAUCUGUUUGAUAAAUUGCAGAGAAUACCUGUUUAUAUUCUCUUUUGUUCAGUUGACUAAACUUUCUUUAAAAUGAACUUUGCAAGAUCAUGUGAGACUAAGUUUACAAGAGUUCUGAAAAUGUGUGGUUGGCUGAUUGUGAUAAUUGUGCAAAAUUGCAAAGGCAGCAAAAAAAAUUUUUUUUAAGUAGAAAAAAAGAAAGUUUAUUGAUGCAUUGGGAAUAUAGGUGUUACCCUAAGGCCUGAGAUUGUUCCUUUAUUAAGAAUGUGGUUGCAAUGGAAGUUGGAAAACACAGGUGAAAUUGAUUCAUUAUUUAACAGACAUUUACUGAGCACAUGUUACUAACAGUGGUGUGAGGACUAUUGCUUACCUGAAUGUAAGUCUUUAGUGCUUAACAAGCAAUGACUAUGCUUUUUUACUUCUAGCUGUGAAAGUAACAUAUAUUAAGUAAUAAUAGCAUAUAGAAAAGCACAUCUGCAUGUGACAUCAGUUAUGCUGUGGGUCUGUCUGGCAGGCGAUAGAGUAGAUAAAUUUGUUGAAAAUUGGACCUUUUCUUAGCCAUGUGGAUAUUGUAAAUAAAAAUUGAUCCCAUGAAAUUUAAGUAACUUAAUAA